GCAUCCGGUGUGUCUCUGCCUGGCCCUGCCGGCGCGGCGGGCGGGCCAGGGGACCAACUGCACGGCCUCACCUGCUCUUCUCCACCAUCCAGACGUUCAGCUACAGCUGAUGGGGGUGAGGGACUCUGCUCAGUGGCCGCCAGUGUGGGCUUCCUGGGCUAGCUCUGCGGCGCGGUGGGGGAGCCGAGGACGAGCCGGCAGAGGUGGGGCUGGCUGAAGGCGGAAGCGGCGGCGACGCGAUUACGAAACCCGUCCGGCUCCGAGCCGAGCGCACAGCUCCCCUCUGGACUGCGGAGGCACUGCACUGUGCGGGACGUGGGAGGGUGCCUCUGCAGCCCCUCAAGGCCGCCGCCCCUGCGGGGAGAACCGGAGAAUGCGGACACCUAGAUGAGGGCCGUGCAUGGCACCCAAGCUGGGGCCCUGGGAAUCUCACGUUCCCUUUGCGCGCCAGGCACUUCGGGGCAAAACGAAGCGGAGCCCCCCAAACCCCCAGACCUAACCAAGUUCAGAGAUUCGCAGAAGCACUACCCCCACCCCAAAUUUCUUGUGCUUUACCCAAAAUGGAAUAGGACUAGGUUUAUUUACCCAUUGUGAGGGUAAAGAGGCGAGUCAGGAGGAGCAGGGAUUGGGAGAAGGGGUGGAAAAAUAUUCUGAUUCUUAAAAAUACCUUGUAACCUAAAGUCCUUAAAUUGUGGAAGAAAGGAACACUCCUCCUUUCCAUUGUAGUCUAGAGUUAAGAUUUCAAAUCCAUAAAUUAGAGGACCUAAAAUUAGAGGGCAAUUAACUGCUCAUUCAUUGAGCCCCAGUCAGCACGGGGGUGCUGGAAGAGAUCGGGAAUAAUAGCGCAGACCAAUGAGCCUAGGGAGAUGCUUUCAUCGUCUCUCCUUCCCUCAAGUGUUCUGGAACCUAUCAUUUCAAUUAGCCGAGUCAGGCAGGAGGGGGCGGGGAAUCCUUCCGCCCUUCUUAGGAGGGGCUGCAUUGCAGGGGGAGAGUGAACUGACAGACUCAGUCACUGAAGAGGGAAUAGGAGUGAGAAGAUAAAGCCGUCAAAGCCCCAACAGCUUUGUAUUUCUCCAGCCCGGCGCAGACCCCGGAGCCCCAGAGGCACUCCCUCCAUCUUUGGAACACGCCAGCAAUUGAUUGAUAACAGGAAGCUAUGAGGGACCCUGUGAGUAGCCAGUACAGUUCCUUUCUUUUCUGGAGGAUGCCCAUCCCAGAACUGGAUCUGUCGGAGCUGGAAGGCCUGGGUCUGUCAGAUACAGCCACCUACAAGAUCAAAGACAGCAGCGUUGGCAAAAUGAUCGGGCAAGCAACUGCGGCAGACCAGGAGAAAAACCCUGAAGGUGAUGUCCUCCUUGAGUACAGCACCUUCAACUUCUGGAGAGCUCCCAUUGCCAGCAUCCACUCCUUCGAAUUGGACUUGCUCUAAGGCCAAGACUUCUCUCUCCCACCACCUUGCCCUCAUUGUCUUCCCUCUCAAGCCCCUUCCUUUCCACUCCUUUCCCAUUUUAAUCUUGUUCUCUCUCUAUUGUGUUGGUGGUGCUGAUGAAUCUGCCAGAGUUGAGUUCUAUGUAUUUAUUUAUUUAUCUAUCUGUCUACUCCAUUUCUCUCAAAAGCCCUCAAGUCACAAAGUAAAUGGUUCAAGCAAUGGAGUACUGGGUCACAGGGAUUCCUCUUUUCCCCCCCAAAUAUUAACUCCAGAAACUAGGCCUGACUGGGGACACCUGAGAGUAGUAUAGUAACGCAAAAUGGAAGACUGAUUUUUGACUCUAUUUUAAUCAGCUUCAGAGAUUCCUUAAACCUUCCUAAUUUCCUGCUCCAGGCCAGUAAACACAAAUAUUUCUUCAAGGGGUGAUGAAAACCUCGGAAGUUUUAAUUUGAGGUUAUCUGCUAUGAAACAGUAUUUCUAAAAGGCUAAAGUGUUAAGUCUUUUGCUUUUUUUUGAUCCUGCUCUCUUAUAUUCUUUUUUUUCCUCAGAUAAAUCAGGAGGGUAGUUAGAGGUAUAAAACAGGAGGAAAUAUUAUGGAAAAUGAAAAUAGGGAAAAUAAUUGAAUCAUUUUAGAAGUAGCUAAUUUCUUUUCUCAAAAGAGUGUCCCUUCUUCAGACCUACUCACCUUACAACUUUGCUCCUAACUGUGGGUUGAAAACUCUAGCUAAAGAAAGUUAUCAAAUCUUAACAUGCAUUGCUACUAUUAUGAUAGUUUCUAAGGUUUCAAUUCAACCUUCUGAACAGCAUAAGUCCUAUUUUAGCCUUACUUCCUGCAUUUGCAAUAUGUUAAUACUGAUCAGUGGGCACAGUUCUUCAGCUACAUUGAGACCCUGAAAUGAACAAUUACAUUUUGACUCUACAUCUUGUCCCCAAUCUUCCAAAAGUAUUGAUGCUGAUUUGUGCUGCCAUUUACUCAUUUAUUUAAUAAAGACAUUCAAUCCCAGGA